UGUGCGUGUGCGUGUGCGUGUGCGUGUGUGUGUGUGUGGCGAACGCCCUCAUCACCACCCGCCGCCUUCCUUCUCCGGCCCGCCGGCGCGGCCCCCUUUCUGGUGCGCGGCGGCAUGCGCCUCGGCUGAAGGGCGAACCCGCGGCGCGGCACAGCUCCGCAUGCAGGCGGCCGCUGACCCCAUCUCCGUGUUCUUGAAGCUGCUCGGAAAUGCCGGCGUGGCCAGCGUCUCCUUCCGCCCCCAUGGCCUGCUGGAGGUCACGCCUGCCAGCGGCCAGGUCCCGAUGAUGACCACCCGCGUGCUCAGCGGCGUCACGGUGGAGUGGCUGCUGGAGAGGAUUCUGGCGGCUGGGGUCGUGUUCACAGACGACCGUUCGGAGCCGAGGCGAUUGACCUCGACGGUGCGGGCAAUCGCUAAGUUCACGUUGCCCUUGUUCUAUUUGGCCGUGACCUACGUCAUGAUGCGGAAGCUCAUCGACGACCAGUCCCACGGCGGCGGCGGGCCGGCGGACCGCAAGCCGCGCGGCGCGGCCAGGCGCCGCGGACCGCCGACGACGUGGGACUCCGUGGUGGGCAUCGACGGCGCGCGGCUGGAGCUCAUGGAGGUCAUAGACUUCAUGCGCAACCCGGGGCGCUACCGCAAGAUGGGAGCCCAGUGCCCCCGAGGCAUCUUGCUCUCCGGGCCGCCCGGCUGCGGGAAGACGCUCCUGGCGCGCGCGGCCGCCCACGAGGCCCGCAUGAGCUUCCUCCAGUGCUCUGCCUCCGACUUCGUGGAGGUGUUCGUGGGCCGCGGCGCGGCCCGCGUGCGCGAGCUCUUCCGAUCCGCGCACGCCAGGGCGCCGUGCAUCCUCUUCUUCGACGAGCUGGACGCCCUCGCAAAGGCCCGCUCGGGCGGCCCGCACGGCAACGACGAGCGCGAGCAGACGCUGAACCAGCUGCUCACCGAGAUGGACGGUUUCGACAGCUGCCAGGGCGAGCGCUCCGUGCUCGUCAUCGCUGCCACCAACCGCCCCGACGUGCUCGACGCGGCGCUGCUGCGGCCCGGGCGCUUCGAUCGGCACGUGCGGGUGCCGCCGCUGGACCAGCGGGGGCGCCGGGCCGUGCUGGAGGUGCACGCGCGCGCCCGCGGGGUGCCGCUGGAGCGCCACGAGGACCUGGAGGGGAUCGCGCGGGCGAGCGCCGGCUUCUCCGGGGCGGAGCUGGCGAACGUCAUCAACGAGGCGGCCCUGCUGGCCGCGAGGGGUGGGGGCGAGGUGCAGGCGGUGAGGGCCACUCACCUGGAGGAGGCCCUGGACAAGGUGCGCGACGCCCAGGCUGGCCCUUACCAGGACGCGCAGUCCGAAGACAACCCCAUGUCGAGCGUGGCACAGGUGGUUCAGAUGAUGGCCGCCGCCGCCGCCGCUGAAGCUCGCCAUCGACAGGCCUAGCCGUCGGUCUGGCCAAGGCGUCGCGGGACAGGCCGGUUGCUGCGGCCGGGGGGCGCGGGAAGAAGAGGACGGCGCAGGCGCGAUGCUCCUUGGUCGGGCUGUCCAGUCGAUGGGGCGACGUCACGCACUGUGGUCUGUGCAGGAGCGUGAGGUGGCACAGUCUGGUCGGAUGUGCGCCACGCAUUACAAAAAACAGCAUUCCUUCUACGACUGCUGCUGGUCUGCAUCCGAUCUGUAUCCCCCACUGCGGUUCCUUCUUUUCCGCGUCAUAGUUUUCCCUCUCACCUUCCU